AUGGAUGGCAGUUUUAAGGAUGAAUUUGCAAAGUUGGAAGCAUACUGUCACAAAUUGAGCAUAUCAAAUCCGGGCUCAGAUGUUGAAGUUGAGGUUAGCAAUGAAGCUUUGGAGCAAGCUUCACUAGAACUUGAAAAUGGUGGUCAUAUCAUAAUCAUGUCUGACAUGCAGAAGGGCUUACUGUCAGCAGCGAGUGAAGUGCUCCCUGAAGCCGAGCAUAGGCUAUGUGCUCGACACAUAUAUGCCAACUGGAGUAAACAAUGGAGAGGCAAGGAGUUGAAGAAGAUGUUCUUCUCAUGUGCUUGGAGCACAUUUGAAGAACAAUUCAAUGAUAACAUGAAGGAACUUGGAAGGCUCAGAAAGCAAGCAGCCCAAGCAGCAGUUACAUACAAUCCUACAGCUUGGGUAAGAGCAUUUUUCACUGCUAGGUGCCAAACUUGGAUGGUAGAUAACAAUGUUAGUGAGAGCCUAAAUGCUUGGAUACAUGAGUAUAGGUUCCUUCCAGUAAUUAGGAUGUUUGAUGGAAUUAGACUGAAGAUGAUGGAGAAAUGGGCUGAUAGUACACGUAUUGUUAGUACUUGGAAGGGAGACUAUAGCUCAAAGUGCUUAGAGUUAUUUGAGGCCAAUAGGUUCAUAGCUGCAACUUGUAGAGUUAGUUUUAAUGGUGACGAAGGUUAUGAGGUCAGUGAGGGUCAGGAUAGACAUACUGUUUAUUUGAAUAGGAGGAUGUGCACAUGUAGACCAUGGGAUUUAACUGGAAUCCCAUGUCAACAUGCCAUAUGUGCUCUGUCCCAUGCCAAGAUCGAUCCCAUGACACAAAUCUCACGCUAUUAUCAUAAGGACAUGUUCUUAGCUAGCUACAUGACUAAAUUGCAACCUGUGAGGGGAAGGCAAUUAUGGGACACAAAUAGAUAUCUUCCUAUGCAACCUCUACCUUUCGUGACCUUACCUGGGAGGCUGACGAAAAAAAGAGUGAGGACUGAAGAACCACAAAGAAGGAAGAAAAUGAGCUCUGCUCAAAAUGCACAAGUCACCAUAAAUGAAUUAUCAGCUCCUUUACGUGAGAAAUUAAGCAAGAAAGGUUCCAUUAAUCGAUGUAGUCUUUGCAGACAACAAGGACACAACAAAUCCACUUGCAAAGAGGUAGUUUCUGUUUAA